AUGAACAUCGUUUAUGUAUACCGAUUACUGCCCACGGAUAAUAGGCAAUAUGAUUGGAUAUGGGCUAAGAGAAAGGGUACAAAACGCCGGGCACCCGAUACCGGUAACGGGACCGGUACCCGAGCCGUGGCCGGUCAUUGGUCGGGACCUGCGUUCGACGGCCCGGACGAUAUCGUACCCGUCGGGCGGCGGGGCCGCGACGUAACCGCCGAGUUGGCACGUAUGAUGAAUAGGGGUGAAUACUUUCCCACAGUCGGUGUAAUAGGUUUAGACAAACAAUUGGUGCGCGAGUUGGAGGUGGGGUUUUGGUACGCUAUGGUGAACGCGUGGGCACCGAUACCCGACGGGGUAUACCUGUCGCCGGAAAUCGUUGGCAAAAGCACUGACCAGUCUAGCGAUGACACCGAUCGGGACACUAAGGGUGUGCUAUUUGGACAGUAUUUCAAGAACGAGCCGACACUAGUGCGCCAAAUGUUGGCCAACGGGGCGGCGCGGGCUGACUGGUCGAUAUACCUGGUCAUAUCGCCGUACGACACGCCGUACGUCAUAGUUCACCCGAGUGUACUCGUUCAGCGUAGGGUGGCCACCGGGCUCGAGUAUUACUAUUACGAACCCUACGCCGUCCACGAGCAGCCGCCCCCGUAUAUGCCCGACGUGUUGGACACUGUACUCAAUGGCCGCACCAGUGAUGGCCAGUGGGGUUCAGUAGAGGUGCGCCGGGCGUACGGCUCGCAGGGCCAGUGCGGCGACGGUUUGCGCCGAUGUCUCAUAUUUAUUGCCAACUUUCUGGACGACCCGACGGUGUUGUGCGCGUACAACUGUGUUACCAAAACCGUGGGACUCCCCUGGGGUCCCGCACCCGUGGCCUCCAUUCCGGACACCGGCCCGGGGUUUACCGCUGUGGCCGGUAUUGACGGACCGUACGAUAUCAGGCCUGUGGGUGCCCGCGGGCGCCAUGUGAUGGACGGGUUGGCUGCGCUACAGGCGCUCAAACUAUACACACCCGAGUUUGGAAUCAAAAGUGACACUAGGACCAAAACCCGUGAGGCGGAGCUACGAUUUGCGCAGGUGAUGGCCGUCCGCCGGUGGACACCUCUACCGGACGGCACGUAUUUGUCGCCCAAUAUUCUGGGCCGAAACGCGCCGAUAGGUGUCGGCCACAGCGACCGGGACGCGAAUGGUGUGCUAUUUAGGGACCAUUUUAGAAACGAGCUGGCCAACGUGCGCGUGUCGCUGGGCCAGGGUGCCAAAUACACUUGGUCGGUCUACCUGGUGAUGACACCGGUCGACCCCACCGGUAUACGCGUUCACUGCACAGCACUUGUGCAGCGAGUGGUCGGCAAUUGGUUGCAAUAUCACUACUACGAACCGCUGGCCACAGAUCAGCGCCAGAGCACUGUUUUGCCCGAAUUCUUGGUUCACUCACUGCGGGCUAUGAUUGGCCAGAAGUGGUCAGUACUGGUGCGCCGGACGAACGGCUCGCAGCGCACACCCGGUAGUAGUUAUCGCCGGUGUUUGAUAUUUAUCGCUAACUUUCUGGACGAUCAGACGGUGCUGAACGCGUACAACUGGUCACCCUAUGAUCUCGUACCGUGA